AUGGCCGAGAUGGCCAGUUCUGCCAUUGUUGGGGAGGUAGUCGGUCAAAUAUUUUCCAGUAUCAUCGACAAGUACAAUGAUGGAUCAGAUGGAGACAGUAGCAACAUAGAGAGGCUAGAGAUGGCGUGCAUCAAACUCGAUGCUACCAUCGAGACGUCGGACCAUUGGCAGAUCACCGACGUGGCACUGCUGCGCUGGAGAAAGAAGCUGAAGCAUGUUGCUUUAGAGUGCGAUGAUGAGCUUCGAAGAUGUAAGAAGAGAUCUCUUGAAGACAAAGAGACCAAAGAGAAGCUCAGGCAGUCCUCGUUUCCUAGACGAGUAGCUCAUAGCACCAAAUCAUUUUUAUCCUCUCUUGUGAGUCACAGGAACAAUGGUGAACCCUCAAGCAAGGCUGCCGUGCAAAGGCAAAUAUGCACAUUAUCAAAUGUUACACACCAGGGAAGUAUGCUCAAAUGUUUCAGCAUACGGCCUAUGAGUUUUGAGGAGCGCGGACUGGAAGCAAUGCUGGUAUUCAUCCAUGAAGACUGCAAGGCACCCAAGGAGAAUUUUCGCCUGGGGCUCAUGCUGCGUCUUUCCCAGAGUACAGACGUCAUUGGGAUUACUGUCAAGUGUUUGCAACUGCUCACACCUCACUUCAACUCUAUCAGCGAGGUAGUCAUCGGAGAGCUCACUCAGCUUCCUAUGCAGGACUUUAAGUGGUCGCCUACGUACGAUGAACCAGGUGACAUGGAACACUGGAACCAAGUUCAUGACACUUUGACUCGAUGGUUCCGUUCAGAUCCAUUCUGCUGCAAACAGCAUGAGCUCCAAAACAUGUCUGCAGCUUGUAGCAGCAGCACAAAUGCACCGGGGCUAUCAGGCAUAUUCCCAGAACAAGUCAUUGGAGUGUUUUUGCAGCGUCACAUUUUACUGUCUGAGUAUCGGGAAUUGCAGGGGUCAAAGAUGACAUGUCACAGUACGUCAUCUUUCCAAGAGGAUGUCUUGCUUUUGAAGCUGGGAGUUCUCUUCAUGCCGCAUCACCCUUUGGAAGACAUCAAGUUUGCUACUGAAGCUGAGAGCUCUGCAGUAGAGCAGUUAUUAGAUGCAAAUGUUCAUCCACACCAACUUGACAGUCUCGUGCUGCCCAAGGCGGUAGAAUAUCUUCACCAUAAUGCUGAGGCGAUGAUGUAUCGGAUGUCUUGGAAGUCUAAACAUGGCAGUGCACACCUCUGUUUGCAGAAAACAAGCAAAGAGAUGAUGGGAGCACUGGGAGCUACAACACGACAAGGCUGGAGGAACAAUAGCAACGCCUUUUUGGCGUUUCGAUGUAGAAAGGGGAACGAUGACUGUGAUCGAUAUGGGAAUGGCAGCACUCAGUGUGGUGGGCUUCCUCCUCACGCUUGCCCUUGUGCGCUCAGCCAUGAAUGCUCGUCAGUGAUCUGGAUGAAUAAAGAAUAG